GUCAGCGCCCGUCAACGGAGAGAACACGCUCUCGAGAUUUUUUAAAACACAUCACAACCCACAAUUUCGUUAUUAAACACUUCUUCCCGUAUUGCACUUUAAUUAUACAUCAAGUCAUCAACGCUCAACUAGUUAGCUUUCGCUGUUGCAAUUGCUAUGGCUUCCAACAGCAUGGUCCCAUGCAGCACUUCACCAGCGAUGAUAAAGAAAUAUGAAGUGUUUGUGAGCUUCAGAGGUAAGGACACACGCAACAAUUUUACUGAUCAUCUUUUUGGUGCUCUCCAAAGGAAGGGCAUUCUUACCUUUAGGGAUGACACAAAGCUGAAGAAAGGGGAGCGUAUACUCUCUAGCCUCAUGCAAGCAAUUGAGGGGUCUCAGAUUUUUGUUAUUGUGUUCUCAAAGAACUAUGCUUCUUCAACAUGGUGCUUGCGAGAACUUGAAAAGAUUCUUGAUUGUGUUAGAGUCCCCGGAAAACGUGUUCUUCCUAUUUUUUAUGAUGUUGAUCCAUCUGAGGUUCGAAAACAAACGGGAGAUUACGGGAAAGCCUUCACCAAACACGAAGAGAGAUUCAAAGAUGAUGUAGAGAAGAUGGAGGAAGUGAAAAGAUGGAGAAGAGCUCUCACACAAGUAGCCAAUUUCUCUGGUUGGGAUAUGAUGAAUAAGUCACAAUAUGAUGAGAUUGAAAAAAUUGUUCAAGAGAUACUAAGUAAAUUGGGUCGCAAUUUUUCAAGUCUUCCAAAUGAUCUAGUUGGGAUGGAAUCUCCGGUUGAAGAACUAGAAAAACUUAUACUUUUGGACCCAGUUGAAGAUGUUCGCAUUGUAGGAAUUUUUGGGAUGGGCGGAAUAGGAAAGACAACUCUCGCUUCUGUUUUAUAUCAUAGAAUCUCUCAUCAGUAUGAUGCCUGCUGUUUUAUUGAUAAUGUAAGCAAAGUUUAUAGAGAUUGCGGUCCAACUGGUGUGGCAAAGCAGCUGCUCCAUCAAACUCUGAAUGAAGAAAACCUUCAGAUAUGCAAUCUUCAUAACGCAGCUAAUUUGAUACAAAGUAGGCUACGUUAUGUAAAGACACUUAUAGUUCUUGAUAAUGUUGAUGAAGUCAAACAACAAGAAAAAUUAGUUUUGAAUCGUGAAUGGUUAGGUGCAGGGAGUAGAAUCAUCAUAAUUUCUAGAGAUAUGCAAAACUUAAAAGAGUAUGGAGUGACUUCAGUCUACAAAGUUCAACUCUUAAAUGGUGCUGAUUCUCUUAAAUUGUUUUGUAAAAAGGCUUUCAAUUGUGAUGAUAUUGUGGGAGGUUACAAAGAGUUGACAUAUGAUGUGUUAAAAUAUGCUAAUAGCCUACCACUAGCAAUCAAAGUACUAGGUUCAUUUUUGUGUGGUCGAAGUGUCUCAGAGUGGAGAAGUGCCUUAGUUAGACUGAAAGAGAAUCCAAACAAAGAUAUCUUGGAUGUGCUUCAAAUAAGUUAUGAUGGGCUACAGGAAUUGGAAAAGCAAAUAUUUUUAGAUAUUGCUUGUUUCUUCAGCGGGUACGAGGAGUUAUAUGUGAAGAAAGUUCUAGAUUGUUGUGGAUUUCAUGCUGAAAUUGGAAUAAGAGUUCUCCUUGAUAAAUCACUCAUAGACAAUUCACAUGGAUUCAUUGAAAUGCAUGAUUUGUUGAAAGUUUUGGGCAGAAAAAUUGUUAAAGGCAAUUCACCCAAUGAGCCACGAAAGUGGAGCAGGUUGUGGCUCCCUAAGGAUUUCUAUGAUAUGUCGAAGGCAACGGAAACUACAAACAAUGAAGCCAUUGUUUUAGACAUGUCCAGAGAGAUGGGAAUAUUGAUGACUAUUGAAGCUGAAGCAUUGUCCAAAAUGAGUAACCUUAGGUUACUCAUACUCCAUGAUGUGAAGUUUAUGGGAAACCUUGAUUGUCUCUCCAAUAAACUACAAUUUCUCCAGUGGUUUAAGUAUCCUUUCUCCAAUUUACCAUCAAGUUUUCAGCCAGACAAACUGGUAGAAUUGAUCUUGCAACAUAGCAACAUCAAAAAACUAUGGAAAGGCAUAAAGUAUCUGCCAAAUUUAAGAGCUUUGGAUCUCAGUGAUUCCAAGAAUCUUAUUAAGGUUCCAGACUUUAGAGGGGUCCCUAAUCUUGAGUGGAUAAUUCUUGAAGGAUGCACAAAACUUGCAUGGAUCCAUCCAUCGGUUGGUCUUUUAAGAAAGCUUGCUUUCCUGAAUUUGAAAAACUGCAAAAAUCUAGUAAGUCUUCCCAACAAUAUUUUGGGUCUAAGUUCUCUGGAAUAUCUAAAUAUCUCUGGUUGUCCAAAAAUAUUUAGUAAUCAACUGUUAGAGAACCCAAUAAAUGAGGAGUAUUCCAUGAUUCCUAAUAUCAGGGAAACUGCCAUGCAAUCCCAGUCAACAUCCUCCUCCAUCAUCAAGAGAUUCAUACCUUUCCAUUUCUCGUACUCUAGAGGGUCUAAAAAUUCAGGUGGUUGUUUGUUGCCUUCCUUGCCUAGCUUCUCUUGUUUGCAUGACCUUGAUCUAAGUUUCUGCAAUCUAAGUCAAAUCCCUGAUGCUAUUGGAUCCAUCCUUUCUUUAGAAACCUUAAAUUUAGGGGGAAACAAAUUUGUUAGCCUCCCCAGUACCAUCAACAAGCUUUCCAAACUUGUACAUUUAAACUUGGAGCAUUGCAAGCAAUUAAGAUAUUUGCCUGAGAUGCCAACACCUACUGCCUUGCCAGUAAUAAGAGGAAUCUAUUCUUUUGCUCAUUACGGAAGAGGAUUAAUUAUUUUCAACUGUCCUAAAAUUGUUGAUAUUGAACGUUGUCGUGGCAUGGCAUUUUCUUGGUUGUUACAAAUCCUGCAGGUGAGCCAAGAGUCAGCUACCCCUAUUGGUUGGAUUGAUAUUAUUGUUCCUGGAAAUCAAAUACCAAGAUGGUUCAACAAUCGAUGUGUUGGUAAUUCAAUAAGCCUAGACCCGUCUCCCAUUAUGCUUGACAAUAACUGGAUUGGCAUUGCUUGCAGCGUGGUAUUUGAUGAUCCAACUAGUUUGGAUAAUGAUUGGAAAUCCUCUAUAAGCAUUGGUUUUGAGACAAAAUCUUAUUCAUCCCGGGGUUCACCGCUCUAUAUUCCAAUACUUCUUGAUAGGAAUCUUGUAACGGUUAAAUUGCAUCACUUGUGGUUACUCUAUUUGACUAGGGGAGAAUUUUUUUCCUAUUUUAAAAUAGAAAAAAUGCUUGAUCUUUAUGGCAUCAAAAUGCAUGCCAUGAUCGACAACUCUCAAGGUUUGCACUUGGAGGUGUGCAGUUGUGGAUAUCAGUGGGUAUUUGAGGAGGAUCUGCAAAACUUAAACCCAACAAUAAUGCGUAGAGGAUACAGCAACAUUCCAGUUGAUGAUGAUUUUGUGAACGGCGGUUCAAUUCUUUCAUUAGAAGCUGGAAGCUAGUCAGAAUAAUGGCUUCCAUAUUUGUCCACAAUUUUUUUUUAAUUGGUUGACAGCGUUUGGUAGGUGUUUCUACAAUUCCCAUUUAGUUAUUACUUCUAUGAACAAGCUUGUCACUGAGGGUGAUUUUCCCUAGACUCUAUAUAUAGAUUUCAACCGUUACAAUUCAAAACUGGCAUUGCAUGACACUAAGAUUCUUCACUCGAUCAGUUUUCAGCACAUGCCUCUUUAUCCUGUGUUUGGAUGUAGACUUUUAAAAUACCAU